AAAAUGCCUUUUUUCAUUAAUACAGCCAAAGAGAUUACAACAUUCACACAAACAUUCAUGCAAGAGCAAAGUAUUUAAAUUUUGGUUAAAUUUUGGCAAAGGGCAAACAGCCCUCCUUUAUACUUUUUCACCUUGUGGGUAAUCUUUUGGGAAGGUUAGGUGAUGGAGAUGAAAGAGCAAACCCCUGUGCCAUAAAGUAUAGCCAUCCUAAAGAAAAGAGGUGGCAGAUUUGUUUGGCUUGUCUCUUUGACUUCCAGACAAAUGAAAUCAGAGGAAUAGAUUUUAAUUUCAAAGGACACCUUUCUGCCUGAGUGCCCUUAGCGCUUCCUGGCUGACUCUCACCUGGCACUUUCCACCCUCAGGAUGGCGUUUGAUACCCAUUUGAGGCAAAAGAGGCUAUUGGGGUACUAGGGUCCUCCACCUGAGUAAUCUUUGCCUGGGGGGUUCAGGUGGGGUGAGCGGCUGGUGCUGAAAGCAUUCUCCUGGAGGGGAACCAGUGAGGAUUGUGCCAAGCCCCCCACCUGUUGCUCGAGGGGGGGGCCUUGUCCCAGCCAGAAGAUGGUGGGGAGGGUCGAGGUGGGGAGCAUCCCCAUGGAAGGCAGGGAGGGCCGUUUGCCCCAAACACCUGCCAUCUCGUGCCCACCAGGUGUGGUGCCAGCCCCCUCGUAAAGGAGGGGAGAGCACACCAGGUGUUCCUGCUAAGGGUGGGGGGCUUAUGGCCUCUGCCCUGCCCCUCUUCCAUGGUCUCAGGAGGCCCCAGUUCCUGCCACCUCUCCCUAUGUAUUGAUCAGGAGGACCCGAUCGAUUCUCAGCUUGGGUUCAGUGGAACAAUAAGGCUAAGCCUUGGGGAGCACAGCUUUACAGGUGACAAAGGGAUAGAAAUGGAGGCAGAAACAAACAUAAGUAAAGAAAGAAUAUUCUGCCUCAAAGGCAGAUGGUUGCUGGGCCUCUUCAGUGGCUGCCACUAGGCCUCUGCUGGCAACCGGCCAGGCAUCCUUGGUCACCUGCUUGGCUCUCCCCUCCCUUCUUGGGAUUGGCUGCAGCCGCUUCCCUGGACCUCCUUGGCUUCAGUUGGGCUCUGGCAAGCGCCUGAAACACAACCUUCCUGGCCAGUGGCAUCAUAGAUGCACCUUCUGCCCACCUCUGAGGACCAUGAAGGAGCCCCAAGAGGACCCACCGGCCCCCAAGCCCUCGCACCUGGUGGCCUUCGCCAGCUCCUGCACUCUGCACGGGCUCAGCCAUGUCUUCCUGCCGGGGCCCUUCACACCGCGCCGCCUGGCUUGGGCCGGGGCCGUCCUGGCAGCGGUGGGCAUCUUCCUGUACCAGGUGGCUGAGCGGGUGCACUACUACCGGGAGUACCACCAUGUCACCAUGCUAGAUGAGGAGGAAGGCCAGCUCCUGGUCUUCCCUGCUGUCAGCCUCUGCAACUUCAACCGCAUCCGGAGGUCCCGGCUGACCCCUGAUGACCUGCGCUGGGUGGGCCAGGAGCUGCUGGGAGUGGAGCCGCGUGACUUCUCCCUCUACCUGCAGGCCCUGGGUGGGCCGGCCGCCGCCGAGACCCCCGGCCUCUUCCCCAGCACCACCUUCGACAUGCGGGAUUUCGUUGAGCGGACAGGCCACAGCCUGGAGGAGAUGCUGCUGGGCUGCCGCUUUGGGAGUCGGGAGUGUGGCCCUGAGAACUUCACCACUAUCUUCACUCGCCUGGGCAAGUGCUACACAUUCAACUCUGGUGCCCCAGGCUAUGAACUCCUCACAACGGUUAAGGGUGGCACUGGCAAUGGCCUGGAACUGACCCUGAACGUCCAGCAGGAUGAGUACCUGCCCGUCUGGGGAGACACAGAUGAAACCUCCUACGAAGCUGGGUUGAAGGUGCAAAUCCACAGCCAAGACGAGCCACCCUCCAUUGACCAGCUGGGCUUCGGCGUGGCCCCUGGGUUCCAGACGUUUGUUUCUUGCCAGGAGCAAAGGAUCUUCUACCUCCCACCCCCAUGGGGCAUCUGCAAAUCUGGCCCCAUCGAGUCUGCCUUCUUCACCAAUUACAGCAUGGCUGCCUGCCGCAUUGAAUGCGAGACGCGCUACUUAGCUGAGAACUGCAACUGCCGCAUGGUGCACAUGCCAGGUAAUGCCAUCAUCUGCACCCCAGAGCAGUACAAGGAGUGUGCUGACCCGGCCCUGGGCUUCCUGGUGGAGAAAGACAACGACUUCUGCUCCUGUCAGACCCCCUGCGAAAUGGUGCGCUAUGGCAAGGAGCUCUCUGUGGUCAAGAUCCCUAGCAAGGCCUCAGCCAGGUACUUGGCCAAGAAGUACAACCGCAGCGAGGAGUACAUUGCGGAAAACCUGCUGGUGCUGGACAUCUUCUUUGAAGCUCUGAACUACGAAACCAUUGAGCAGAAGAAGGCCUAUGAUGUGGCCGGGUUGCUGGGAGACAUUGGGGGCCAAAUGGGCCUCUUCAUCGGAGCCAGCCUCUUGACCAUCCUGGAGAUUUUUGACUACCUGUACGAAGUUCUCCGAGAAAAACUUCUGGGCUUCUACCAGGCGAGGAAACGGGCCGAGAAGAGGAAGAGCGAGAGCAACAGCCUGGAGUACAUGGAUCUCCCACGUGGCCCAAUGGGCAGAGGCCAAGCACCACCUCGUCCGCCCAGGGCGCCUGCCACAUGCGGCGCAGUCAGUCGGACAGCCUCGGACACCCCCCGCGCCUCUUACCUGGUCACGCGGCUCUAGGCCACCUGGAGGAGUUCCCCUGCUGAAGGUACAGCCACGGCCACUGACUCCAUACGUCUAUCCCACUGGACCAGCCAGCUUGACACAAGCAAUGUUGUUUCACUGCAGUCACUGAGGAAGGGGGCUGGCCACCACCACCCCUUGACCACAAGCAAGAAGGGCUCCAGGACACACAAGGCCUCCCAUUAUGGGUUCUCGACCCAUAGGAGGUGGUGUGUGUGAGGAGCCCCAACCGGCUGGCCAAGUGCUGGACACGCACAAGGCAGUGUCGCAUUAAAGUCAGCGCUGCUUGGAUGCUUUUGUGGCACGGGGCAGUUAUUUGGGGACACCCCCCCCCCAAUUUGAUUCUGCAUCCCAC